UUAAGGCAUUUUAUUCGAAACGCAUCAGGAAGAGCAUACACGUUACAACAAUUUUUGCUGAUUCUAUGAUUGUACUAAUGAUAAUGAAAUAAGGUACCAUGGUACAAGUACUCCUAAAAAGGCAUGAUAUCCAGGAUAAAACCAAUUGACAGAAAUGCCAUCGCAACGAAGGAUAAGCAGGUCAGCAGAUCUGGCUUACAAUCCAGAUCAAAUGGCCAAUCAAAGGAGAGGCAUACAACGACUAGAGACAAGUCAUCCGCUCAUCAAAGGAGACAUGAAACUUGGGAUACUCUGAUAGGAUGGACAAACAAAGACGCAGAUGAUGGCAAUUCUGGGGAUUCGUCUGACUUUCAACAGUGGGUCGAGAAAAGGCAACAAUUACAACAAAAGUUUGACACAGCAUUUACAAGUAGAAAGUAUCCAGAUAUAUCCGUGCAAUAUCUCUCCAAACCAGGAUCACGAUGCGAGUCCAUAAAAGAUAAUGAAACCUUCACAAGAGCUAGCUUACAUGACAGAUUUCACAACGAACAUGAAGCGAGCAAAGACGCGACGUUCAAACAAUACAACCCAAAGGCCGUUGACAUUGAUUUGGACGCCAAAUUAAUAGAAUACAUUGAAAGUAAAGAUAGGUUAGAACACAUACCAGUUCCUCGGCCAUCAGAACGCUACAAAAGAUUGUUAUGCGUCAUCUCUGGUACCGCAGAUCCUGAAACCACAAAGGAUAAAUUAGUCAGACCACUUUCUAGUGUUGACGCAAAAUUGAAUAAAAUGUCCAUACAAUUUGAUGUGACGAAAUCAAAAAACAGAAAUGCAAAUAAUAAUGCAAAACAAAAUAGUGAUAACAAUGAGUCUGAUACUGUUGGCAAUUACAAAAAUGAUACGUUAUCCAGAGCAAAACGAAUUAUUGUGUUGGCAGAAUCGAGACCCCAGACUGUUCUUUCAGAAAAACAUGAUGAUAGUAUGAAAGCACCUGAAAUACACAUUCACGUCCCAAGCAUCCAUGGCGAUAAUGAUGAAAACGAGUCGAAUGUAGAAGCGGAAGAAUGGGCAAACAAUAAAAAUUGCAGUAAUGAAAAGGCUAAGGUCGGAUCUAGUAACGCUCUUCACGAUAGUAUAAAGACAUUGUCAAAAUUAUCUAAUCAGGAAAAGGAUAAAAUAAAUGCAAAAUCUCAGCACGUUGUGAACCAAGGCACUCCAAAAUCACAGUUGUCCCCAAGAGCAAAAAUGAUCAAGUCUGCCCCAUCGAUGACAAACUUGCAAAUACAAAACAUGGCAAUGCAAUCAUUAAAGCGUGGUGUUAAUAUGAAUGCUGUAAAUACUGCAGAAAAUAGAGAACCUCUACCCAAACCAAAGCUAAGCUAUACUCAUUCUUCAAGUGGAAGUUCUACAGUCAAACAUGUGGAAUCCAGGAGAGGUUCUGCAACUCAAAGCAUAGCGUCAAAUGACACAGCUUUGUCUAAGUAUAUGAUUGAUCAAAUUGAUUCACAGAGUCUAUGCUCAAAUGUCAUCAGUGAUAUCACUGAACAUGAAAUUGACCCCAGUCAGGCAUGGAAUAAGUACCCAAAUGGGUUUAGGAAUCCGUACGCUGCGAUCGAUACGUAUUAUUCCUCUAUGUCUUCGAGCUCACCUCUGGUGCAUUCUGUGGCUCGGAGGAAAGGGAGCAGCCCGGAGAGUAAUGGAAACCAAUAUGAGAGUACCACCAAAAGUAUACCAUUGACGAUGAAGAAAAUCUCUAUGCAAGAUUACAAUAACGAUGCUAACAGUAGCCACUAUACAUUUGACCAAUCAAGAAGAUUAUCGGGCAAUAUUUCGAAUGCAGGCGUUUCGAAAAGACGGACUGAUAAUGUGAAACUUCCUCCUGCUCCUCAUGGUUCUCCAAAAUUGACCUCAAAUAGUUCCGGUGAAAAUUCAGUAGAAUCAGCUGGGCAGUUGGAUGAACACAGUGAGACAAUCAUUAAAAUAUCUGAUCUCAUUGCAGCAAACACUAAUAGCAAAUCACCCGUAAUUACUCCAAGGCAGAAUACAAAUUCAGCCAAACAAGUAAAAUUUGAUUCAAAUGCGAAUGACAAUGAAGGGGAAACAAGGAAUUCGAGAAUAACUGCACAUAGUCGGUUAUUGAAACAUGAGAACGAUCUGCUUAGACUGAGGGAAGGGAUAGAUGUCGACUGGGUUAAAGAAGCACACAAUCCUCAUCUUGGUCCUCCUGGAUUCAGGCCUCCUGCUCAAAAGUCCGCAUCCCAACGAGCUGGACUGAAGGAUACAGGGGCCGGUCAACUUUACGCAUAUGGAACAGGAAAGUCCACGGAUGGAGCAGACCAAAGGCAACCCAGAUGGGCAUCGUCAUUAAAAUUAACAUCAGACUAUAACAGGAGCGCCAUCUCAAGUGCCCCAGCCAAGCUCAAUGGAAAUGUAUUUGAUGAGAAAAUGCCCAAAAGGAGACGUGCUCUGUCUGGCCUUUAUACUGACCAAGUCUAUGGUAUGGACAAUAAAUGUAAUGCUUCUGCUGAAAUCCUUUACAGGUUUGCCCGAAGAAAUCUGCAUCAAAAACUGCCUCACGAGGCAGCGUCUAAGCAGCCAGUCACGUACAUGACUGGCCAGGGGGUAGAUUCCGGACUGAAGUUCGCCCACCAUAAAUUCAGACAGAAGCAGAGGAAAAAAGGUCAGAAAGACUUUCUGGUUGGACAGUGAGAUUUCCAUCAAAAAGCAUGAGCACAAUUUGCAUAUAAGCAACAAAUGGCUGACGAGGCACAACAAGGGCAACAGGAUGAAAUAUUUUACUGGACUUGCUUUGAAAAUAAAUAUAAUUUAUCAUUUUAAGAACUGUUUC